AUGCCUAUUGUGUCCUCAGCCUCGCCCUCAGAGAAACAUAUUCGCCAGAAGCGAUCCUCAACAGUGGCCUCAUUCACCAUUGCAGAAGAGCACCCUGGCCCCUUUCCCUAUGAACUUGGAAUUAUAAACAUGAAGACAAAUUACCCUGUUAGAUUUGCACUACAAGGGCAGGGGGUUGAAAAAGACCCUGUGGGUACCCUCUCGGUAGACCAAGACACGGGGAGGAUUUACGUUCAUAAGAAAGUUGACUAUGAGCUGUACAAGGUGUUAAGGCCUGAACUAGUGAUAUACUGCGUGGAAGUACAUGGAAGUUUAGAAAUGGUCUCAAAGCAUGGCAUUGAGAUAAGUAUAGCUGACAUAAAUGACCAUGCUCCACGUUUCCAGAAUAAAGUGUAUGAAACCACCAUUGAGGAAUCACUAUCACAAGGAACAAAAUUGACAAUGGUGUUAGCCAUCGAUGGUGAUGCUCCAGGCACCACAAAUUCAAAGUUUGAUUACAGAAUUGCUUCUGUGAUCCCCAAUGCACCUAAUAUAGAAUUCUUCAUUGAACAAAGUGGACUGAUCUCAUUCAAAGGAUGUUUGGAUUAUGAUGUAACACAAAAAUACACCAUCCUGGUGGAAGCAAAAGACCACGGUGAAGUGGUUCGCCUCUCUAGUAUGUGCACAGUUGUUGUCAAUGUCUUGGACAGAAACAAUCACCUUCCCACCUUCAUUGGUCAUGUAGAAACAGGAAGGGUAAAGGCAGGAGAGUCUGGGAAGCAUGUUCUCCGACUACAAGUAGAAGACAAGGACAAGAAAAACACCCCAGCCUGGAGGGCAAAGUAUACAAUAUAUGAAGACAAGGGUGACCAUUUUAAAAUAGAAACAGACCCAGUAACAAAUGAUGGAGUUCUAAUAGUAGAGAAGCCUCUGAUGUUUGAGGAGGGUGCAGAGAGGACCCUGUCCAUCAGCGUGGAGAAUGAGGAGCCAUACUUCUAUUGUGAGCUGAAGAAGAAGACUACAACAGGACUUUGGCAGGUGGUCAACACCGGGGGCAUGUCUGGAACAGGUGUCCCAACACAAAAGGUCACCAUCAUCCUGGAGGACAUCAGUGAUCCCCCGAUAUUUGCACGUGCAGUUGAAGACGUCACAGAAAUGCAUGAAAAGAACACCACCACAGAAUUAUUAUUACCAGUCACAAUGGUAGAUUCAGAACAGACCAAUGGACUUUUUAUUAGCACCAGCAGAUACAUGGAAGACUAA